AUGUUAUCGGUCUCCACACUGAUGACGGCGCGCUCUUUUCGCCUAGUCCUUGCUGCCAUCAUUUCUUUGUUUUUCUUUCACGCCCUCUAUGUAUGGGACCCCCUAGACUGGGCACUCCAUGAUGUGAGCACUGGGCGGGCUCAGUCUUUCGAAACAACUACAAACAGCGAUGCUGGUGCAGCUUCCAAAAUACCUUUGAAGACUGUCGGAACUAGCGAGCUGAAAACUCAUUCCCUUAUCCCCGACACUGCGAUCCGUCAUAUCCCAGACAAGGUGUGGCACUCGGCCAAAGAUAACCAUGUCACGGAUACUCAGCGGACAUGGAUCGAUAGCUGGACAGACAAGAAUCCCUCUCACCGCGAAGAAUUGUUGACCGAUAGUUCGGGUGAGGCAUUUGUCCAGGCUUAUUACCAGCAGACGCGACCAGACAUUGUCGAGGUCUACAAAGCGAUUCCGAUCCCGAUCUUGCGUGCAGAUCUCCUUCGCUACUUGAUCGUUCUCGCCGAGGGCGGGAUAUGGAGCGAUUUGGAUGUUACCUGUGAGAACCCAGUUGUCAACUGGGUACCUCCGGAGUACAAAGAUCAGGAUAUUGAUAUGAUCGUCGGAUUAGAAUUCGACUUUGACUGGCGAGGACCUGGGACCGAAGUUGCAUCCCAAUUUUGCAAUUGGGCCUUUGCAGCACGACCUUCUUCGCGCAAUUUGCAAGUUGUUGUCGACUCCGUCAUCAAGGUAUUGACAGAUAUCGCUCGCACCAAUGGUGUUCAAAUUUCAGGGAUUACCCUGGAAAUGCUCUCGGACGUUGUGAAUGUCACGGGGCCCAAAAUAAUGACUAUUGCACUUCUGGAGAGUCUUGGUCAAUUGCUGGGCAGGGAAGUGGACGAUCGCGAUUUUUCAGGUAUCAAACACCCAAAGUUAGUGGGCGAUCUUCUGAUUAUGCCCGGAGUGUCCUUCGCUGCUGGACAGAACAGAUAUCCAAAGGACCAAGGAGAUGCUCUCGUGACCCAUCAUUACGAAGGCUCCUGGAAGCAAGCAGAUGCGGAAGCCAAAGAGAGAAAAAAGCAGAACCAGCACCCAUGA